AGGCGUCUGAAGAGAAAAUGUACCCGAGAGGUUCCUGCAUGCGCCUUGUGCUACCGUCUGGGCAAGACAUGCGAGUAUGCUGAAACCGCAGCCUCGGAGGCCUUCACAGGCAUCAGUGCUGCUGCCUUUUUUCCCAGGCCAGCAGAGGCCUUUCCGCUGCCCUUCUUCUUGGAUUCAGAGUACUUGACUUCUCAGUCAGUCAAUGCUCUGUCGUGGAGUCGGCACCCAUACAUUCAUCAGAUUGUGGCCGAACACCUUGACGAUGACCGAGUGACUCUCUGUGAACACUAUCUCUCCACAGUGCACAAGUGGCUGCCCAUGAUCAGCCGCAAGCGCCUUUUCAACGAAGUCAACAGUGACGCAACCGAGGUCGAUGGCUGCCUUGCCAUCUUUCUACUGAGCAUG